AUGAUGGAUGGUUGGAUUGAGGUGAAGCCGUACCUACCGGCGGGUGUCAAGAGGAUUAUCGGUCGAGGAGCAACAUUCUGGAUUGGCGAGCUCAACGAAGCCACUGUGCUCAAGUACCCCAACGAAAUCGGCCUUCUCGACCCAGAUGAAGCAAGGAAUAACCUGAUAGUCGAGAGUAAGAUGUUUGAGGAGAUUGGGGAACACGACCACAUCAUCAAGUCACGAGGCCUUCGCGAGGAUGGAUUCCUCAUACUCGAGCGGGCAACCAAUGGCAAUAUCUUCGACUACAUGGCCAACCAUCCACACCUGCCAGAAAUUUCUCGCCUACGAUGGUGUGUCGAGACGUGCAAGGCGUUAGUCCACUGCCAUAAGCACCACGUAUUGCACUGCGACAUCCGUCACCGCAACAUUCUACUCGACGACAAACUCAGGGUCAAACUGGCCGACUUUCAAGGCCGUCUGAUUACGACUGGAGGAGAGACCGUCCUCGACGGUGGAUCUCAGGAGCAGGCUCAGUACUAUUGCCCUCGAAACACCACGAAUCAUGCCGACGUUAAAACAGAUCUUUUCGGGUUCGGCUCAACAAUCUUCUUCCUUAUGGUCGGGCACGAACCAUUUCCUGAUAUCAGUGGGCAAAAUGAAGGCGACGACGAGGAAGUUGAGCGCCGUUUCCGGUCCGGUGAAUUCCCGGAAGAGAUACAUGUCUGUACUCAAGUAGUGGAGAAGUGCUGGAAGCUGAGUUACAACUCUGCCGAAGGGGUUUUACAGGAUCUAGAAGCACUCAUGAUGGGCGCAAUGCAGAUUUGA